CACACACAUUAAAUUUGUUAGGAAUGCUAUCAAAUGUUUGCCUUUAGUAUAAAAACCCCAAAUUUAGGCUUCAGAAGUCGUCAGUUUUGUUAAGGAAGUUGAGUUGAAUAAAACAAUAUGAAGGGUUUGAUUUUUGUAUUGCUUCUGGGUGUUGCCCUAACAUCGGCCCUCAACUUAAGGACAUCAAAUGUUAUCAUGCCCAUUUCUAUCGCGGGUCGUAGCCCAAGUCCUCGUAUCACCAAUGGUUUGACCGCCAAAACUGGACAAUUCAACUUUCAAGUUGGUUUGAGCAUGCGGAUGAGCCUUUUCACCAUGCAAUUGUGUGGAGGUUCAUUGAUCUCUCCCGAAUGGAUUGUUACCGCUGCUCACUGUACUGACGGAGCUAGGUCUAUUUCUGCCUAUCUGGGAAGCAACACACUAAUGGGAGGUCAAAAAGUUAAGGUUUUGGAAACAAUCAUUCACAGCGAUUGGAAUAUGAAAGAAUCAACUGCACAUGACAUAUCUCUCUUGCGCAUUGCUCCCGUCACCCUUGGACCACAAAUUGGACUCGUCAACUUGCCUGCUCUAUCCAGAUCUGGUGAUUAUGAAAAAUAUUUGAAUGAAAAAGUCAUUGCUUCCGGAUGGGGUAUGACUAGUGACGAUCCAAAGGCAGACUCUCCUGAAGAGCUACAGUACGCUGAAAUGAAAAUCGUAUCAAACUUAAAAUGUACGUUGGUUUUCGGUGAUGUCGCACCAUCGAACAUUUGCGCCCAAGGACCUAAGGGAACAUCAACAUGCUCUGGAGAUUCCGGUGGUCCACUUGUCACUGAAUCAAGUAAAACUCUUAUUGGUCUUACAUCCUUUGGAUCAGCUGCUGGUUGCACUUUGGGUCUUCCAGAGGUUUUCACUCGUAUCACUAGUUACAGAUCAUGGAUCUUAGAGCAUACUGGAGUGGUUUCAAAAGUCGUCAGUUUUAUUCAGGGAGUUAAGUGGACUAAAACAAUGAAAGGUUUGAUUUUUGUAUUGCUUUUGGGAGUUGUUGCCCUAACAUCAGCCCUCAACGCGGGUCGUAGCCCAAGUCCACGUAUUACCAAUGGUUUGACUGCCAAACCUGCACAAUUCAACUACCAAGUUGGUUUGAGCAGUAGGAUGAGCUUGUUGACCAUGCAAUUAUGUGGAGGUUCAUUGAUCUCUCCCGAGUGGAUUGUAACCGCUGCUCAUUGUACUGAAGGAGUAAAGUCUAUUAAUGCCUAUCUGGGAAGCAACACACUAAUGGGAGGUAAAAAAGUUAAGGUUUUGGAAACAAUCAUCCAUAGCGAUUAUAAUUCAACCGGACUAGCUGACAAUGAUAUAUCUUUAUUGCGCAUUGCUCCCGUCACCCUUGGACCAGAAAUUGGACUCAUCAACUUGCCAGCUAUAUCCAAAGAUGGUUAUUAUGAAAAAUACUUGCAUGAAAAAGUCAUUGCUUCCGGCUGGGGCAUGACUAGUGACGAUCCAAGGGACAACUCUCCUGAAGAGCUUCAGUACGCCGAAAUGAAAGUCGUAACAAACUUUAAGUGCGAGCUGUUUUUCAGAGAUGCUGUCCAGCCAACAAAUCUGUGCGCCCAAGGACCAAGGGGAACAUCAACUUGCUCUGGAGAUUCCGGUGGCCCCCUUGUCACUGAAUCAACUAAAACUCUUAUUGGUCUAACAUCCUUUGGAUCAGCUGCUGGUUGCACUUUGGGUCUUCCAGAGGCUUUCACUCGUAUCACUAGUUACAGAUCAUGGAUCUUAGAGCAUACUGGAAUCUAAAUACAAUGUGUAACUUGGAAAUCGCUGCGCAA